GUCUUUCCCUGCAAAGAAUUAGGUCCGAGGCAGGAUCGGGGGUUGUGCCCCACGGCAGCCGUAGAAGAUCCUGCAAUCAGCUACUGAUUUUUUUCAUUCAGAGACUCUCUGUGUGCUUCUAAGGCAAAGGCAUCAUUCCUAAAUUCGUCACAGCCUUUCAGGCGGAUUGAAACACAUCCUAAGAGCUUCCUCCCACGUCCCCCACAGUUGCCACGAGAGAGGGGGGGGGUCUUUGGUCUCAAGGUGUGUCUCAAGAUGGCAGCAAAACGUGGAUCGGGUCUCCAGUUCCAGGGCUCGUUGGAGCAGAUGGGCCGGCGAGGAAUGAAAAUGGAGGAGGAGGAAGAGGAGCCCGACAACCCUGACCCGGAAGAAGGUUGGAGAGGGAAAGGGGAGGCCUCCCGCGGCCCCCGAGAACGAGAGGAAAGGCUUCCUCGGGGCCGAGCCGCUCAACAGAAGGAGUUCCUCAGCACAGCGCGUUCCCCCCGCUCAGGGUGGAGGAACCCUCCGGCAACACGGCCUGCCGAAUGGGAGGACCGGCAGGACUUUUCCACCUCUGUGGAGGGACCGGCGGUCGCCCGCCAGUGGCCAAGGGGAGGGCGGGUCAGCCGGCGCCUGCCGAACCUCAGCGGAGAAGCCCCAGAGGCCCAGAACGUCCUGGACUCUGGGGAGAUUGGAGAGACUGGGGUGGUGAAAGUCAAGGAAGAAGUGGUGGGGGACGACUCUGCCAGCAUGGAGAUGAAGCGGCAGCGCUUCCGGCAGUUCCGCUACCAGGAGGCCGAGGGGCCCCGCGAAGUCUGCAGCCAGCUCUGGUACCUCUGCCACCGGUGGCUGAAGCCCGAGCGGCACACCAAGGAGCAGAUCCUGGAGCUGCUGAUCCUGGAGCAGUUCCUGGCCAUCCUGCCCCCGGACAUCCAGAGCUGGGUGCGAGAGCACGAGCCGGAGAGCUGCUCGCAAGCUGCUUCGCUGGCUGAGGAUUUUCUACAGAUGCAGCGGGAGGCCGAGAGGAGAGAACAGCAGGUGCUGGGGCUGUUUGAGAUGGAUAAUGCGGAAUCCCCAGAAGCCGAGGCGGAGCGGCCCCCGUCAAACACAGUGCCGAAGCCGCUGUUCAGGGAAGCCAAGCAAGAGGUGGAGGAGGAAGAGGGCAGCAACUUGGGGACCAUGGGGCAAGUGGAGCCCCGGGCUGGCGGCCCCCUUCCCCUCUACCCGGAGGAGGGCAGCUCGGACGACGAGGGCCUCCUGGACCUCGUCUACGCCGCCAACCUGGAGCUGCACAGCCGACGGCCCCCGCGAAGGACCCGCCUCAUCCGGAUGCGCACCCACGAGCUCCAGGUGUCCGACGAGGAGUGCCUGACCCGCUUCCGGCUGGACCGGCAGGCCAUCCAGGACCUGUGCACCCUCCUGGCCCCGUACCUGGACGGGGCCUCCGCCAGCCGCAGGCACAUCCCCACCUUGCAGAAGGUGCUGAUCGCGCUGCAGGUGCUCGGGACCGGCUCCUUCCAGCGCAUGACGGGCGACAACCUCCGCGUGUCCCAGUCCUCCGUCAGCCGCUGCCUGGACGCGUUCCUGGAGGCCAUGCUGCGCCACGUGCACGAACACAUCACCUUCCCCACCACCGACUCGGAACUCCGCCGCACCCGGGAAGCCUUCUUCGACAUCGCCGGCUUCCCCAACGUCAUUGGGAUCGUGGACUGCACCCACGUGCCCAUAAUCGCGCCCGCCGACAUGCCGGCCCUCUACCGCAAUUGCCACAACUUCCACAGCCUGAACGUCCAGGCCACCUGCGACGCCUCGGGCUGCUUCACCCACGUCCUGGCGAAGUUCCCCGGCAGCGUCCACGACGCCCGGAUAUUCCAGCUGUCCCAGCUGCAGAGGCUGCUGGAGUCGUGGCCCGAGGGGAAGGGCUGGCUCUUGGGUGACUCCGGCUACCCCUUGCGCCCCUUCCUCAUGACGCCACACCCGGACGACGGCCCGGAGCCGAUUGCCCGCUACAACACCACGCACGAGACCACGCGGAUGGUGGUGGAGAGGGCCUUCGGGCAGCUCAAGAUGCGGUUCCGGUGCCUCCACUCCACCGGCGGGCGGCUCAUGCUCCGCCCGGAGAAGGUGGCCAAGGUGUUCGUGGUCUGCGCCAUGCUACACAACAUGGCCCUGCGGCGCCAGCUGCCCAUCAUCAAUGGCGGACAAGGGGUGGACACCGAGGUCCCCGUGCCCCCAUACCUGGAGACCGAUGGCAUUGUAGAGCAAGAUCCCCGUGCCGUGGAAGUCCGGGAUCAAAUCAUUAGCACUUAUUUCUCACAAUAAAUUCAACUUUCAGUAGAUGG